AUGACAAACACGCAGCAGGCGGAAUCGGGGGAGGCGGUGGCGGAGGAGCGGACAACAUUAAUGUCGCAGGCAGCAGCUAAUAAUAAUAUUCAUAAUUCGCAGUGGCUUGUUGAUGGCAUCGCAAAUCAGGGCGCUGAGUCAGCCGUGUUUUGUUGGUCAAAAGCGGCGCCGGAAGUGCUCGGAAUGGCAGGCCAAUUUCCGGUUGGCCAAGGAAUCACUUGGCAGAGCAGCUUCCCCAUGAAUCACUCGUGUGGAAGCAGGAACAUGGGAGUCUGCCAGCCUUACUACCAACCCAUACAAGCAGGAAAGUUUCCCUUGCAUCUGAAUUCAAGUGUCCACCAAGGAUUUCCCUUGUAUAUAUGGGAUGUAGCUCUCAAGAGCCAGAGAGAAGCAGAGAACCACUCAAUUUUAAGCGAAUCUCAACUAUUCCGUCCAUAUCAAGUAUACGCACCGUGCACAGCGAGGUUCCCCAUAAAUCAAGUAUACGCGCCGUGGCAGAUGAACUUUCCCAGACUGCUGCAAUUGCCCCGCAAGAAUUCUGACGGCCAUUUCCCAGAAAUGAGCACCACCAUGACCCGACGCGGACAGGUGGCCAGCUCACACGCUGAGCAGGCGCCCCAGGAAUUUCCCAUAAUUAAAAAACGAUUUGUUAGCUUUCCCAAUUAUCGAGCAAUGCCUCAAGAUGGGCCCGAAUGCCCACAUCCACCCACCGCCGCCACAACAACAAUGACGCAGCCGGGCCUCGAAAAAGUCACCGAAAUAGACAAAAUAGACGAAAUAGAUGGCGGAGGAGGAGGAGGAGCCGGUGUACAUAAGGUGCCGCCGAUGCUUGAUAAUGAACCCGAGGACGAGGAGCAGACGGCGGCGACAGAAGCAUUCGCAUUAAACUUGAACGUGGCAAGGGAAAUCGAGCAUCAACAGGCGGAAAAUCUUAAUGACGCCUUCGGCCAGCGGCGACACGACCACAAAAACGACGACGCCAUGGAUGGGGCCAAAAAUAAACGCGAAAUAUGCGAGCAAAGCAAAUUAGAGAAGGCCGAAGAUCAUAAUGAGCCAAAUAUGAGAGAUCGCGAGCAGCAGUCAAUAUGUUUGGCCAGGGAGCAGACAAUAGAUGGGAAUGGGCAACAGCAUCACCAUCACCAUCGCCAGCAGCAGCAGCACCAAAAUCAGAAUCUAAAUCGGAAUAGCAACCACCAGCAGUCCGGCGAUCUCUCAGACGCCCGCGAAUCGUCGCCAGAGCAAGUGGACGUGGAUCUCGGUCGGCUACUGACCCGCGAACGGAACCCAAAUCCGAAUCCGAAUCCAAAUCCGAACGCGAAUCGAACUCUGCCAAAUAUAGAAUUACUAAAAAGCUCCGUGCGCGCCUUCCUCGCCGAGAGGAACUGGGAUUGGGACUGGGACUGGGAGCUGCUCGACCUUUUGACCGAAGCCAUCGAACUGAUCUGUGGCCAUCCGGAGACGGGUAACCUUUGGAGCGAGGCGGCCGCCGGAGCGGACAUGACCGUGAGCAAAGUCAGCGAGGAGCGGGAGACAGAAACGGUCGAGGCUUAUCCCGCCGAGCAACUGGAUCAGCCAACGGAACAGGCGGAUGACAACAACAAUACUAGCGCCAUAGAACUGCAGCCCAGCGAGAUGAAGUACGAGAUGAAGACAGCCAGUUCAGCACUGCCCAGCAGGAGUCCGCGUCCAGAGUCGCCAGUCACCAGACUGGGUGCCACGAGUCGUACACGCAAUGUGGAGCCGAGUGCUCCCGCUACCCAUGCUCCGCUGCUGGGCGACAUAAAGCGCACCUCCAUCAGCCGCGACAGCACAUCCACAUCCAUCGAUGUGGAUUCUGUGCUACCCGAAAGGACACGUCUGCGGCGCCAGAGACGCGUUCGCUCGCAGGAAUCCGUGGAGGAGAAACCCGAGGAUGUGAUCGAGCGACUGAACAAGCUCAAGGCCAGGAUCUCCGGUGCCCUCAGCGAGGUGAAAGGAGUGCUCAAGCAGUACAGCACGGAGAGCGAGGCGGAAUCUGCGGCGGAGCAAGCCCAGUCGACACCAGGUGGAGAUCAACCUGCUCCAGUGUCCUUUCGCUUUGUGAAGAAAGUGCGGCGACGCAGCUACUUCGAUGAGGCCGAGGAGGAAAAAGAGCAAGCUGGGGAGGCACUGGUAGAUGCCUCCAAGGAUAAAGUUAAUCGAGAAAAAAAGGUGGAUUCCACCAAUGAGGAAACUAAGGUGCACAGAGAACAGACACCCUUUGCUAGGGAGCUCUUGGAGGAUUCAGCAGAACGGGAAGCCCAAGCAAAUGGAAAGCAGCAGCUCCGUGCAAGCCAAGGAAUAAAAACUAAUGAAAACGAUAUUAGCGAGCAGAUCGGAGUUAGUAAAAAAGAAGAAACAAAUGAGAGUCAAGAAUCGAAAGAGUUGGAAAACCAAGAUAGAAAGUUGCCAAAGGAUCGUGAUAAUGUGGAAGCUAAACAAAUAAAGAAAGAUGUUGAACCACAAGAAGUGCAACCUGAGGAAGAUCUUCCAAAAGUGGUAAGAGAAGAACCACCAAAAAUAAACGGAGAACCAGCGAAGACAGCAGAACAAGUCAAGCAACCCGAGAAGAGCAAAACCCAGGCCAAAAUUGAGUUUCUGGCCAAGGUGCAGAGCGAACUCAAGUCAAAACCUGCCAAGGAUGUUGGCUCCAAGGAGCAAGCUACCAAGGAAGAAACCCUUAAAGGGGUCUCUCCAAAAAGAGACAGCCACAAAGGAGCGACUCCCAAGGAAUCAGAAUCCAAAGAAAUCACAGAUGUAAACAAAGCGAAAGAUGAGUCGCAAGUCAAGCCAUCUGAAGCAGUUGAAGUGGCACUGUCGGAUGAGUCAGCCACAUCGCCACCACCGUCCAAGACCAAGAAGAAAGUCACCGUGAAGGUGAAGAACCCCAGACGAGCCUCGAUCGCGGCCGUGGAACCAUCCAAGAUCAAGGUGGAGCCGGCCGUCGAGCAGAGCGAUGUUCUCAUCACUCAGCGGCGACCCUCCGACUCGGAGGCGAUUGUCAAGCGCAAGAAGAAGCAGAAAUUAAUGGGCGACACGCCUGCCCCAUGCACAUCGACAUCCACGUCCACAUCCCCAAGAGCGGCAUCAUCGACAACAAAAGAUAGCAUUGCUAACUCGAGGGAAACGGCGUCGAUAGCCGAGGAGAAGGAGACUGCCACCAGCGAACAAUUGGCUACGCCAGAGGUCACCGCGGUGCCAGCCAAGUUGCCCAGUGCCAAGAGCGGCCAGGGAACAGCGGCGACUGCUGCAACAGUUGUAGUUGCAGCAGCAACACCGGCGACAACUGCAACACCAGCGGCCAAAUCAGAGAUCGAUGCCGAUCCGGCGAUUGGCAAUCUAGCGCCAGCAGGCGAUCGAACCAGACGCGCCAGCCUGAAACUAGCGGAGUUGGUGGGUGAAACGGUGCUGGUGGUGCCGGCAGCGACCGCAGCCCCACAAGAUCCAUUGCCCGAGUCCAAGGAACCCAUCGGUCAGGAGGCGCUGGUGCCAGCGACGCCGCAACAGGUGGCCAUCGGCGCUGACAUUGCGCCGCAAAUAGCAGCGACAUUGAGGCACGAAGAGUCAUCGCCAGAGCAGCAGGCACAGUCGUCCGCCGAAGCUACAAAAGCCGGAGAGCAGCCGCCUCCCGGCGACAGUCUAGCCACCAUGCCGGAGCUGAAAGUACUCGCCGGACCGGUGCAGCCCGUCAAGAUCGAGACGGUCGAGCAGCCCCACGAUGUGGCCAAGAGUCAGGAGCCGCUCGUGAAGAAGAAGCCACUGCACCUAAAGAAGCUGGUGCGCAAGAAUUCCAUUGACAAGGAGCCCGAAAAGCAGGAGAAGCAUGACCCCAGUAAGCUGAGCAACAUACUGCGCGACAGGAACAAGAUCAACGAGCUGUCCUCCAGGAUCAACAAGCUCACGCCGCCCAAGAAGCAAGCGAAACCAAAGGAGGAGGCGAAAAAGGCACCGAUUGCAGACGAGGAUAGCCCGAAGCCUGAAGAAGCAGGUCCCGUGGAGAACACAACUGCCGAAACCCAAGUUCUUGAGGAGGUCGAACCGGAACCUGAAGUCGAGCCUGCGCCGGAGCCCAAGAAGCCGCGCAAGAUCAAAAAGAAGGUGAUCAUCAAGCGACAGAAACGCCGCCUCUCCGUCGGCGACACAUUCUUCCUGCAGCCGGAGCCCGAGGAGCCCGCCAUCCCGGAGGUGGAGACCAUCGAGCGGGCCAUAGCCUACGUGACGGAUGACGAGGAGGACGCCAAGGCGCCAGCGGAGGAACCCGAGCCCGAGCCCGUCAAAGAACUCAAAUCCUGCCUGCAUGUAAGGGAGUACAAGAUCGGUGACCUGGUGCUCUACGCGGAGCGCUACCGCAAGACGCAGGUGCGCUGGAAGCGCGGCCGAGUGCUCGAGCGGAUCACCAGCAUCUCGUACAAGCUGGAGAUCGAGGGGAAGGAGGUGCCCGCCCACGUCAGCUACAUCAAGAAGUACACCGGGCGGAAGGUGCGGUUCGGCACCAAGGAGUACCUGGAGAUCGACUACGAGCAGGUGGCCGAGGAGGAGCGCCGGGCGGCCAGCUACAGCAUAUGGAACAUGGUGUAGGCACCAGCAGACCACCGAAUCCACCGAAUCCCACCCAGUGGUGUCCAGUGCCCAGUGCCCAGUGCCCAGUGUCCAGCCAUCUUUGAGUGGAAUUAAAAAAUUGUCCGCCAUGCGAGGUCAUUUUUUAAGGAUCUCAACUCGACAUUCAGUUACGUUAUAGUGAUUCGUCCUCAUAUAGACUACAUGUACAUAUCUACGUAGAGCAGUAGCCUAGUCUUAUAUCCUAGUGUUUAGUGUAACUUAUUCCAGGCCUUCGUUUACAUCUAAGUAUAAUCUGUAUGUGUAAUUAUAAACAAACUAUUUACUGAUAAAUAAAGC